AUGUCAGCGACGCAAGGGCCGCCUACACUCCUGGUCUUUGGACCGCAGACCUCGCUCCCCUCGGACGAGGUGCUGGCCGAUGUGCGGAGCGAGCUAGUCGGCAACCACAGCCUCUCCGCUCUGUGCAACGCCGCGGUCCACCUGCCGCGGUUCUGGGACCGGCUCGUCGCGUCCGACCCGAGCCUGCGCCCCGUCCCCGGCGCUGAGCAACUCGCUCGGCUCGCCCGGUGGAUCGAGCACGGCGGCUCGCUGCUUGCCCACCACGCCCAGGGCCCCGUGCCCAACCACCUCGCUCUUGCUGUCACUCUGCUGGUCCAGAUCGCGCAGUACGCGCGCUAUCUCGGCCACCUGGGCGAUGCUGCCCGACGGCGGGGCGGGCCCGGGCCCGGGGCCGCGGACGCCCAGCUCGACAUAAUCUCCGCCGUCGGCGGCCCCGGCAGCGGCGGCAUCCAGGGGUUCUGCGUCGGCCUCCUGAGUGCCGUGGCCGUGGCCAGCGCGGACGGCGAGUCCGGCCUGGGACCCGCGGCGGCGGUGGCGCUCCGGCUGGCCGUGUGCGUCGGCGCCUACGUCGACCUCGACGGCGUCUUUGCGCCAGACACAAGCCGCACGCUGUAUUCGUGCGUGGCCGUGCGGUGGAGGGAGGGCGAGCAGGUCGACGUCGGGAAGCUGGUCGGAUCGUAUUCACAAGUGAGUCAUCUGAGCAGCCUCUUCUUGAUCCUCACUCAGUUCGCAAGCACCCUGCUGACAUCAAAACGCUGCGAGCAGGCCUACAUAUCAAGCAUCAACGACGAAACCUGCGUGACGGUCACGCUGCGUGAUGUGGACUCGGACGAGUUCGCCUCGAAUGCCCGUGGCCUGGGCCUUCGUGUGCAGCUCGUCCAAGGCGUCCAGGGACGCUUCCACACCGCCGCUCACAAGCACAACGUGGACAAGCUCAUGAGGAUGGUUCAACGCCAGAAGGAACUGCAGUUCCCGCCCCCGCAGGGCCUUGUGCGCUCCACAAUCGACGGCGCGGUCAUUUCCCAGCAUAGAGGAGAUGGGGAUGAGGCCUUCCAGUCAACGCGACUGGUCUUGGAGAGCGUGCUGGUGAGCACAGCAGACUGGUACGCAACGCUCAAGGCAUCCAUCCAGAGCAUGAUGUCGGCCACGGCCAACCAAAAGACGACGGUCGUCGCAGUUGCGGGACUCGAAAGCAUCCUGCCGGCGUCUGUCGUCCAGUCAUUCCGCGUCCUCCCGCUCGGCAAGCUACUCCAAGGGAAGGCGAGCAAGGUUAACGGCACAAACGGCAUCAAUGGCACAAACGGAAUCAUCAGCGGAGCUCACAUGGAGCAGGAAAUCCACAUCGCGACAGCCGACGACGGGGACCUGUCCCAGUACCCACGGCACUCGGUCGCCAUCGUCGGCAUGGCCGGGCGCUUCCCCGGCGCCGACUCGGUCGACGAGCUCUGGGAGCUGCUGGCGGCGGGCAAGAGCACGGCCGAGGCGGCGCCCGUCGAGCGCCUGGGGCUGCCGCGGACGGGCGAGCACGCUCAGACAAAGACAAGGUGGUGGGGCAACUUCCUGCGCGACCCGACGGCCUUUGACCACCGCUUCUUCGGCAAGUCGUCACGCGAGGCCGCCGCCUGGGACCCCCAGCAGCGCGUCAUGCUCGAGGUCGUCUACGAGGCCCUCGAGGCGGCCGGCCACUUCGGCCCCGCGCCCCGUCGGUCUGCGCAGCCCACGGACUUUGGCGUCUACGUGGGCGCCGUGCUCAGCAACUACUACGACAAUCUGUCGUGCCACCCGGCCACGGCCUACGCGACGCAGGGCACGACGCGCUGCUUCGUCAGCGGCAGCGUCAGCCACUACUUCGGCUGGACGGGCCCCGCGCUGACUAUCGACACGGCCUGCUCGAGCUCGCUCGUGGCCCUCAACGCGGCGUGCCGGGCGAUCCGCUCCGGCGAGUGCUCGCGGGCCGUCGCCGGCGGCGCAAACGUCAUCAGCAGCCCCUUUGACUACCGCAACUUUGCGGCCGCCGGCUUCCUGAGCCCGACGGGCCAGUGCAAGCCCUUUGACGAGGCGGCCGACGGCUACUGCCGGGGCGAGGGCGUGGCCGCCGUGGUGCUCAAGCGGCUCGACGACGCGCUGCGCGACGGCGACACGGUCCACGGCGUCGUCGUCGGCUCGGCGGCCAACCAGAACCACAACGCCAGCCACAUCACGGUGCCGCAGCCCGAAUCGCAGGUGGCGCUGUACCGCGACGUCAUGCGGCAGGGCGGCGUCGCGCCCGGCGACGUCUCGUACGUCGAGGCGCACGGCACGGGCACCCAGGUCGGCGACCCCGUCGAGGUGCGCAGCAUCCGCCGGGCUUUUGGCGGGCCGGCCCGCGAGGACACGCUGCACUUUGGGUCCGUCAAGGGCAACAUUGGCCACACCGAGGCAACGGCCGGCGUCGCGGGCCUGGUCAAGGUGCUGCUCAUGUUGCGCCAUGGCCGCAUCCCGCCGCAGGCGAGCCACACCAAGCUGAACCCGAAGCUGGGGCCGCCGCUCGAGGACGACAAGAUGGCGAUCCCGCAAUCCCUAGUGGACUGGCAAGCGGGCCCCGGGCUGCGACGGGUGGCCUGCGUCAACAGUUACGGCGCGGCCGGGAGCAACUCGGCCGCCCUCAUCCGUCAGGGACCGGCCCAGCUGACGCCGGCGGCAAGUCUGGUUCAGCUGGCCAAGUAUCCGCUCGUUAUCUCGGCCAACUCGGCCAACAGCCUCGCCAGGUACUGCAAGAAGCUGCUUGGCUGGCUGAAGAAGGAGGCGGCGGCAGCGUCGACAGCCCCGGAUGCCCUGCUGUCUUCUCUCACGUUCAACCUGGCCGACCGAGCCAAUCUCGUGCUGCCCUUCCGCCUGGCGACGACGGUGACCAGCCUUGACGACCUGCAGGAGAAGCUCACAGCGGCCGCGGCGGGAACCGACUCCGACACGACUAGCCCGCCGCCGCCGCCGCCGCCACCGUCACAGAGCAAGCCCGUCGCCGUGCUCGUGUUCGGCGGGCAAGAGAGCAACUUCAUCGGGCUUUCCGAGGUCUCGUACCACACGUCCAAGGUCUUCCGCCGCCACCUCGACGCCUGCAACGACUUGCUUCUCUCAGAGGGCCGCACCGGGCUCUUCCCUACAGUGUUCCAGCGCGAGCCGGUACAGCGCCUGGCGGCACUGCAUGCGGGCCUGUUCGCCGUGCAGUACGCGUCGGCCGCCUCAUGGCUGGACAGCGGGCUCGAGGUGGGCGCCGUCGUGGGCCACAGCUUUGGCCAGCUGACGGCCCUCUGCGUCUCGGGCGUGCUGUCCCUCGCCGACGCUCUGAGGCUGGUGGUCGUGAGGGCCGAGAUCAUGGAGAAGCACUGGGGCCUGGAGCGAGGCACUAUGCUGUCUGUGAGGGCGGACCGCGAGACCGUCCAACAGGCUCUGGGCCCACUGCAGGGCAACGGGUAUGCCGAGAUCGCGUGCUACAAUGGUCCCGAGAGCCACGUCGUCGUCGGCUCGGCUGGCACUAUCCAGCUUCUCGAGAAGCACUUCAGCGAGUCGUCGAUCCGCACCAAGAGGCUCGACGUCACGCAUGGUUUCCACUCCAAGUUCACCGAGCCGAUGCUGGAGCACAUCUCGGCCCUGGCCAAGGAGCUGGAGUGGCGUCGUCCGGCCAUCCACCUGGAGACGUGUGAUGAGGUCCAGCGCCAGGCGGACCCCGACUCCGAAAUGGUGGCGAGCCACACCCGGCGCCCGGUUUUUUUCCAGCACGCAAUCGAGAGGCUCGCCACGCGUUUCCCGCAGGGCACAUGCGCCUGGCUCGAGGCGGGCCGCGGAUCCUCCGUCAUGCAGCUCGUCCGGGGCUGCGUGGCUGGCUCCAAGCAGUCGCAGCCGCUGUUCCUUUCGCCUCAGCUCGCGUCCACAUCGACAGACGCGCUGGCAUCUCUCGCUGACAGCACCGUCGAGCUUUGGAGGCGCGGUCUCGCCGUGCAGUACUGGGCCUUCCAUCGCAGCCAGAAGCCCGAGUUUGGCUAUCUGAGCCUGCCGCCAUACCAGUUCGAAAAGACGCGCCACUGGCUGCCCUUUACCGGGAGGGAGCCAGAGGUCAGCGAAAAGGGGGGGGUGGAAGCCAAGUCUGCGCAUCUACAAGGAGGAGGAGAGGGAGCUCAUGAGACGCAAGAGCUCCUCACCAUCCGCCAUCGUGCAGACGACGAAGCUGUAUUCCGCGUCCAUCCGCAAUCCGACCGCUUCCAGGCCGUUGUGGGCGGCCACGUCAUGAGUGGACAGGCACUCGCGCCGGCGUCGCUGUAUUUUGAACUGGUUGCGCGCGCGGCACUCUUCCUCGCGGAUGACGUCGCGGCGACCAUGUACGUGCCGGUCGUCGACGACCUGACCAUGAUGUCGCCGAUCGGACGGGACACGGGCACAGAAAUCACGCUGAAGCUGAAGCGGAAGCGGAGGACCGAGGAUAACGGAGACGGGGGGCCCGCGUGGUCCUUCUCCUUCGCCACACGGCAGGUCUCGUCCUCGUCUGCAUCCGUUGCCAACCCGGCUGCUGAAAAGUCCACCGGUACGGUGCUUCUCCGUAGACGCUCCGACGACCGUGCCGCGCGGGCCUUCGCACGCCUCGAGGCGUUGGCGGGCCACGGCCGCCGCGUCGCCGAGCUGCUCGCGAGUCCGGACGCAGAGUCCAUGCGCGGCCGACGGACAAUAUACCGGGCCUUCUCCGCCGUGUGCGACUACGGGCCGUCGUUCCAGCGUCUCGACUACGUAUCCUGCGUGGGCAGAGAGGCCGCGGCCACGGUGCGCGCGACGCCCGACACCUCGGCGCCGGCCGACCAGCGCCUGUGCGACGCGCACACGGCCGACGUGCUGAUGCAGGCCGCCGGCCUCCUGGCCAACUACUUCAACAACGCCAGCGCGGAGCACAUCCUGGUGUGCAACAACAUCGAGCGCAUCGAGGUGGGCGGCGGCUUCGACCCGGCCGCCGGCGAGUGGCGCGUCCUGGCCACCCUGACCAGCGGCGGCGAGGACGUCGGAGGCCACGGAGUCGUCAAGGAGGCCUCGGCGGACCUGUAUGUGUUUGACGCGCGGACGGACAGGAUGGUCAUGGCCUUCUCUGGCUUCCGGUUCUCGCGCAUGCCGCGGGCUCUGUUGGCGCGCCUGCUGCAGGGCGUAAACAAGACAGAUGCGGCGGGGGCGAAGUCGUCAGUGUCUGCGUCCGACGCCCUCGUACAGGGAGCGCAUGUGACCGAUCCCCGCGUCACGGCCGCUUCUGCGUCCAAAAAGGCAAAGUCGGCCGGGCCCAGCAAGCGUCAAGAGCUGUUACGCAUCCUGGCCAGUGUCACCGACAGACCGAUCGGCGAGAUCAUGGGCGAGGCGACGCUGGACGAUCUCGGCGUUGACUCUCUCAUGGCCAGCGAGGUGCUCAACGACAUCCGCACGGGGCUGGGCCUGACCAUUGACCUGUCCACCUUCCUCUUCUUUGCCGACGUCGACGUCCUGGCCCAGUAUGUGGACGAGCAGCUGGGCCUCGGCGGUGCUGCUGGCGACACCGGGAAUAGCGAUGUUGGCGAGGACAUCGACGACGGCAGCAACCCGUCGGCAGUAGCUGCUUCGCUGGCUGACUCUGGUAUCGCCGACGUUGGCUCCUCGGGAACAACGUCUCCGCCAGCCGAGAAGCCGACGGCCGUCGAAAUCGCCCGCCCUCCCAUGCCCGCCCUCAGCAACGCGCUCGAUGCCUUUCGCGAGACCCGGCUCAACUACGAUGACCUGGCCAGGGACGCCCAGGCGCUCGGCUUCUGGACCGACGCGUACCCGCAGCAGAAGCGGCUGGUGCUCGCCUACGUCGUCGAAGCCUUCGCGCGGCUCGGCUGCGACCUCGCUGCCCUGCAGGCCGGCGAGACGGUGCCGCGGGUGCAGGGCACGCUGGACCGCCACGCGCGGCUCGUGCGGCAGUUCUUCCGCAUUCUCGAGGACGGCGGCCUCAUACAGGGAUCCUCGUCCUCCCUGACCCCCUCGUUCACGCGGACGGCUGCGGCGCUGGACCUGGCCCCGGCGGAGGCCGUCUUUCACGACAUCAUCGACCUCCACCCGCCGCACGCAACCGUCAACAAGCUCGUGCGCGCCGUCGGGUCCGAGCUCGCUGCCUGCCUGACGGGCGAGAAGGACGCCCUGCAGAUCCUGUUUGGCGACCCGGCCACCAAGGCGGUGCUCGAGGACGUGUACGACAGGUGGCCGCUCUUCCGCGCGCCAGGAUGGGUGCUGGGAGACUUCGUGGAGCGGGCGCUGACAGCAAAAUCCUCCGCUUCCACUGGCGACGGAAGCGGCGGCAAGUUCCGCAUCCUCGAGGUCGGUGCCGGCACGGGCGGCACGACAAAGGUCGUGGUCGAGCGGCUGCGCAGCCUGGGCGUCCCCUUCGAGUACGUCUUCACCGACAUCUCGGCCUCCCUCGUCGGCACCGCGGCCAAGCGGGCCGAGUUCGCGGACCUCGCCGGCGACGGCAAGAUGCGCUUCAAGGUCCUGGACAUUGAGCAGCCACCCAAGCCCGAGGACGUGGCGGCGUACCACAUCGUGCUGGCCUCGAACGCGAUACAUGCGACGCGCGACUUGGGCACGUCGCUGCGGCACCUGCGGGCCAUGCUGAGCGACGACGGCGCCCUGACCCUUCUCGAGAUCACCCGCAACAUGUCCUGGCUCGACGUCGUGUUCGGCCCGCUCGAGGGCUGGUGGCGCUUCGAGGACGGGCGCUCGCACGCCAUCGUCGACGAGCGACACUGGAAGCGCGUCAUCAAGGCCGCCGGCUUCGCGGCCGUCGAGUGGAGCGACGGCGAGUCGCCCGAGUCCAAGACGGUGCGGCUGAUCGGAGCGUUCCCGACGGCCCCCAAGACGACCACACCCGGCGGAGGCGCCGCCAGGAAGCCCGAGGGCUACGGCGCCAAGGCGGUCAUGGAGACGGUUGUGUACAAGAAGGUGGGCGACCUGGAAAUCCACGCCGACGUGUACUGGCCCGUCGCCGACGGCCCGCCGGACCCCAAGCCCCGGCCCGUCGCCCUCAUGGUCCACGGCGGCAGCCACAUCAUCUACUCGCGCAAGGACGUCCGCCCCGCGCAGACGCGCCUCCUGCUCGCGCGCGGCUUCCUCCCCGUCAGUGUCGACUACCGCCUCUGCCCGGAGCUGACGCUGGCCGACGGGCCCAUGGCCGACGUGUGCUCGGCGCUGGCGUGGGCGCGCGACAUCCUCCCGGGCCUCGACUCGCCCGCCCGCCCCGCCGGCGUCGUCGUCGACGGCGCCCGCGUCGCUGCCAUUGGCUGGUCCUCGGGCGGCAUGCUGGCCCUGUCGCUGGCCUGGACGGCGCCCGCGCGCGGCCUGCCGCCCCCCACCGCCGUCCUGGGCUUCUACUGCCCGACCGACUACACGGACAAGUGGUGGACGACGCCCAUCGACAUACCCGGCGCCGCGAGCUCGGGCCUCGCCUUCGACGUGCUCGAGGGCGUCCACGAUGCGCCCCUGACUAGCUACGGCGUCAUCGGCGCCCACGCGGCCCUGCCGGACCCGCGCAUCCUCGAGGACGCGCGCUGCCGCAUGAUCUUGCACAUGAAUUGGAAGGCCCAGACCCUGCCCUUCAUCGUCGACGGCCUCCCGACCCGUGCUGCCGCCGACCGCGACGACGAGGCCGCCGGGGCCGGCCGCGUCACCGACUGGAACGCGGCGCCGCAACCCGACCUCGACCGCGUCCGCGCCGUUAGUCCGCGCGCCCACGUCGAGGCCGGCACGUACGCGCCCGUGCCCACGUUCCUGGUCCACGGCACCGGCGAUGACCUAAUCCCGUGGCGCCAAAGCCAGGACACGUACGACGUGCUCGUAGCCCGCGGCGUGCCGGCCGGCCUCGCGCUCGUCGAUGGCGCUGCCCAUAUUUGCGACCGGAGCAGCGACCCGGAGUCCGACGGCUGGAAAGCUGUAUUGAAAGCUUAUACUUUCCUUAGUAAAUAUGUACUCUAG